AUGAGUCAAGCGAGUGCAGCGGCAGAUGCAACUGAUAGAAAUGUGGAAAUCUGGAAGGUUAAAAAAUUGAUCAAGAGCUUGGAGGCUGCCAGGGGGAACGGGACCUCUAUGAUCUCCCUCAUCAUUCCACCCAAAGAUCAGAUUUCUCGUAUUGCGAAGAUGUUAGCAGAUGAAUAUGGAACUGCUUCUAACAUAAAAUCUCGGGUUAAUCGAUUAUCAGUGUUGGCUGCAAUUACAUCAACACAACAAAGAUUGAAAUUAUACACUAAGGUUCCCAACAAUGGAUUAGUCGUAUAUUGUGGUACCAUUGUUACAGAGGAAGGAAAAGAGAAAAAGGUCAAUAUCGAUUUUGAACCUUUUAAAGCCAUUAACACAUCACUUUACCUUUGUGAUAAUAAAUUUCAUACCGAAGCAUUAUCCGAAUUACUGGAAUCCGAUAAUAAAUUUGGAUUCAUCGUCAUGGAUGGUAAUGGUGCUUUAUUUGGAACCUUAAGUGGUAACACGAGAGAAGUUAUUCAUAAAUUUGCUGUGGAAUUACCAAAGAAACAUGGUGGUCAAUCCGCUUUACGUUUUGCUCGUCUUCGAGAAGAAAAACGUCAUAAUUAUGUUCGUAAAGUUGCAGAAUUGGCUGCUCAAUUCUUUCUUACAAAUGAUAAAGUCAAUGUUACUGGUCUUAUUCUUGCCGGUUCAGCUGACUUUAAGACAGAAUUAUCACAAUCAGAUAUGUUUGAUAAUCGUCUUCAAACUAAAGUCAUCAAAUUAGUUGAUGUUUCAUAUGGUGGAGAAAAUGGGUUUAAUCAAGCAAUUGAACUUGCCGCAGAAAGUUUGGCAAAUGUUAAAUUCAUUCAAGAAAAGAAACUCAUUUCCAAAUACUUCGAUGAGAUUUCUCAAGACACAGGUAAAUUUUGCUUUGGAGUUGAAGAUACUCUUAAAGGUUUAGAAUUGGGAGCAGUUGAGACGCUGAUUGUUUGGGAAAAUUUGGAUGUUACUCGUUAUGUAUUAAAGAAUAGUGGUGGAGCCGAAGUAAUUGUUCAUAUUACCAAAGAACAAGAGAAAGAUCGAUCUCUUUUCUUGGAUAAAGAAACAAAUCUUGAAAUGGAAGUAGUAGAUAGGAUGCCACUUUUAGAAUGGUUCGCAGAUCAUUACAAGGAUUUUGGGGCGAAUUUAGAAUUUGUCACCAAUCGAUCUCAAGAAGGAUCUCAAUUCGUUAAAGGAUUUGGAGGAAUUGGAGGAUUACUUCGUUAUAAAGUUGAUUUUGAUACUUUGAAUUACGAUAGUGAAGAUAAUGGUUUCUUUUCUGAGGGGGUUGACCGCGUUCCGGCUGUGGGAGGAGAAGGUUGGAAAUUGCGUUAUAGCUCUCCGACCAGAAUAAUUUUUGAGAGAUGUGUGUAG